CUUACACAUUCGCUAUGAUCGCAUCUCGCUUCAUUCGUCUCGCUGCCCCCGUCUCGCGUGCUGUUGCUGCCCGUCCUGCCGCUUUCAUGGCCGUUCGCAGCUUCACCUCCCCUUCGGCCCCUUCGCAAGAUAUCCUCAAGGACUUGUACAUCAAGGAGCUCAAGGGUUAUAAGCCUGCCCCCGAGACCAAGGGUGCUGAUGCCUCUUCCCAGGUCAAGGAGUUCAAGACCCCUGCUACUCCUGCUGCCCCUGCCGUUGAUGCCAGUGCCGAUCUUGCUGCCUGGGAGACCGCCAAUGCCGAGAUUGCUGAUGCUGUCUCUGAAGAGGCUGUUGAGGAGGCUGAGGAGGAGGAGGUCGAGGAAGAGGAGGAGGAGCAUCACCACUAAGAUGUCUUCUGUUUAGAACCUCGUCUAUUCUAUCAUAUCAUUUU